AUGGACUUGCAGUUUCGGGUCGCAAUAAUUCUGAUAUUAGUGACACAUUUCAGCCAAGAGACGCUGGCAAAUGUGGAGAAUCUGCAGCUCAGGUUUCUCAGCACACUCGUUGAUAAAAUUCGACAAGAAGAACUAGUUGAAACGAUGCUAAUAUUGCAGCACUCAGCUAUGAAGUGUGAGAUCGAGAAUUGGAAUUAUCCAGAAAUUCCUACGCUGCGCCUCAACGAAUUGCAGAUUGUGGAAGUGAGAAGACAUUUUAACCAUGUGAUAAUGGCGCUCGUUUGCAUCUGCAACGAUUAUGGCAUGAAUCUGCUCGAAAGUCUGGCCAAGGACUUAAAUCGCAUGCGACAGGCGCGAAUUAUCCUGUGGAUACACAACAAACUUACAAGUGAUUUACUUAAUGUGAUUGCCGCUCAAGUGGAGAAACAUGAGUUUUAUCAAAUGAUUAUCCUUGAAGCUGCUCAGCAUCCAAUGGACACCAUAACGAUACGACGCCUUGACUUUUUUCCUAGUAUUAAAUUCGAUCAAAUCGAUGAUAUUUUAGAUCUUAAAGGACCCAUCUUUUAUACGCCCGAGGCAAACUUCAAAGGCAAAGUCAUCAGUCUGCUGCCCGAUUGGCACUCGGCCCUAAGUAUCAAUGUCACUGUGCCGCCAGGUGUUUCGAUACCCAUCAUUCGAAAUAGUGACUACGGCAUUAUCGAGUUCGCCUUCAUAUACAAUUUGAGUCUCCGCGUGUUGAAUGCCUCGUACAAGUGGACAGGGGACGCUACAUCUGUGGUGCCCGACAUCCAAUUGAAAACACAAGUGCACACGAAUAUGGAAAAUCUAAAGAAUUGGAAUCCCCACGACAUAUCCUCGCUAAUGGUGGCUGUGCCCUGCGGCAAAGAGCUGAGAAUCGAGGAGGUCUUCAAGCAACUGGAUGUGAACUCUUGGCUGCUACACAUUUUCUUUGUCUACGUCAUCUUUGUGGUGGCAGAAGCCUCUAUACUCGUCAUAACCCACAGAAUAUCAGGUAGAUCCUACCGCUUCACCAGUCUAAUUCCAGUGCUAAAUCUUCGUGCAUUUCGAGCGAUUUUGGGCAUGUCCUUUCCGAUCAGUCAAAGGUCUAGCCUAUCGCUCCGUCAGCUUUUCCUGGCAAUCAACAUUUUUGGCCUGAUCUCCAGCAGCUUCUUCAACUGCAAGACUUACGUGACAGUGGACUGGACGUGA